ACUAACCUAGCAGUUUUUAUUUGGUUAUCAAACGCUUGAAUUAAUCUUCAACAAAUAUAGGUUGCAAGCAUUUAAAUUAAUCUUCAAUAAUAAUACAGUGUAAGAAAUGGAAAUUUAGUGAACAAUAAGUUCAAUAGUUAGAUUAAAUAGUAAAUGGGAUAUUUCAAGAAAAUGUCAACAUAUCAUACGUAUUUCAAAGUAAAACUUUUAAAUACGUUAUUUUCAAGAUAAUUCUAUUUAUACCUGAGAUAAUCCAAAUCACAAAUUAUAAAUUGCCGUAUGUUUUAAUUGAUAAAAUUGCUAUAUUAUUAUUUAUUACAUUAAAUCUUGAAACAUGCGAAAAUACUACCAGGUUGCACUUGUAAUAAUUGCUGUAUUCAGUCUAAUAUCCUUAUUAAUUUAUAGACAUGAAUAUUACAAAUUGAGGUAUGUUUUAGAAGUUUUUAAUUACUUUGGUAAGCCAAAUCAGAGAAGUGAAAUAAAUUGCACAGAUAAUGUGCCAAUGUUUACUAAAUUUGAUAUGAAAUUUAAAGAACCACUCUCUGCUUGGCAAAGAUUAGAUGAUGAUCUAUAUGUUUAUUCUGCAUAUAAUAUACGCGACAAAGAAAUUCAAGUAAUAGGUUUUGGUUCAUCAAAUAACAUUAAAGAUAUGCAGUGUCAAAUAUUAUUUGAAAAUGAAAUUGACCCAGUUUUAGGAAGUUUUAGUUAUCUUUCAAUUGGUAAUAAUUUAAAUAGUACUGACAAAAAUGCUAAUUAUGGAGGAUAUCAUUUCUAUUGUGCAUACAAAACAAAUAAAAUACCAGUUGGAAUAAUGUUUCUUACAAAAUCUAAUUUAGAUGCUCAUAAUAUACCUAUAUUACCAAUAAAAAGCCAACCUCAUAAUUUAAAUUAUGUUAAUACUGGAGUAUGCAUAGCACCACCAUUAACAAAACCAAUACAGUUAUUACAAAUGAUUGGCUUUGUACAGUUUCAUGACAUAAUUGGUGUGGAUAAUUUUAUAGUGUAUGAUUUUGGUAUUCCAAACCAAUAUAAUAAUAACCUUAAAGAACUAUUUAAAUCUCAAAAUCCAUAUUGGAAAUUUACAUACACAAUAGUGCCAUGGAAUUUUCCUUUUCCUGCUACUCAUCCUAGUAUAAUAAAAGACUUGAUACAAGCAGAUUGUUUGUACCGUACAUAUAAUAAAGUUAGGUAUAUCACUACAUUAUCUUGGGAAGAUUAUAUAAUUUUAAGGUAUCAUCAUUCCCUUAUAGAUUUAAUGACAGAUUUUAAAAAGUCUAGAAUGAAAGCAGAUCGUUACAAAUUAAAGACAUUAACAUUUUGUACACAACAAGUUGAUGAUACAACCAAUAGGAAUGUAACAUUUAUAAUAUUUAAAAAACUACAUUAUGACUCAAGUAUCCCUGAUAAUCAACCAAUUUAUAUUUAUAAUACACAUGAAGCAUUAAACAAAAAUAAUAUGUAUACACGAAAUAUUGGAAAAGAUUUGGUUACAUUAAAUCGUUAUCAGUAUUGUCCUGGAAAAUCGAAUCUGGAAACAGGAACUAAAGAUACUGCAAUUUUAAGAUUCACUGAAAAUAUACAGAAUUCACAAAUAUUUCGAAAAUUUAUAACAGAGAAUAAAUUUCUAUCAAAUAGUCACAAGUGAUAAUUAGAUUUAAUGUAUCUAUAAGAUAAUUUUAGUCUGAAAGUUAUCAUUAAGAAAAAGUAAUUCAUUUUUAUAUGUAUUGUAAGGUAUGAAUGUAAGAAUACAAUAUUGUAUAACGUGUAUAUAACAUGUAUUUAAAAAUUUGUUACGAAGCAGAA